AACAAAACAUUCGGCUUUUUAACUAAAGCUUUUGCUUAAUUCUUCAAUAAAAAAAAACUAUAAGAAUCAAGAAACUAUGAAAUGUUUCGAAAGCAUUCGUUUGUUCAGUAGCAUAACAAUUUUCAGUAAAUCAUCAGGAUUUGGAAAAUGUGGUGUUGCAGUUAUACGUGUAUCUGGGGAAAAUACUAAUAAAGCACUUAAAGCACUAACAAAUUUUGAUAACUUUAAACCUCGAUUUGCUACUCUCAAACAGAUAAAAGAUCCUGAAACAAACAUUUUAAUUGAUAAUGGUCUGAUUUUAUAUUUUAAAUCUCCAAAAUCUUUUACUGGCGAGGAUUGUUGUGAGUUUCAAGUUCACGGUGGUCCAGCUGUUAUUACUGCAAUUUUAAAUGCAUUGAGUAAAGUCGAUGGCUUGAGACCUGCACUUCCUGGUGAAUUCACAAAACGAGCGUUUUACAAUGGGAAAAUGGAUUUGACAGAAGUUGAGGGUUUAGCUGAUUUGAUUCACGCUGAGACUGAAUAUCAAAGGCGACAAGCGUUGAUACAAGCUGACGGUCAUUUAUCUAAUUUGUACAAAAAAUGGAGAACACAAUUAAUUCGUAACAUCGCACAUAUUGAAGCUUUUAUUGAUUUCUCAGAAGAUGAAAAUAUCGAAGAUGACGUUUUGGAAGUAAUGGAAAAGGAUCUUCAUUGUCUUGAAAAAGAGAUUAAACAAUAUCUAGUCGAUGGAAGGAAAGGUGAAAGACUCAGAGAUGGUGUGAAAAUGGCGAUUGUCGGUGAAACCAACGUUGGAAAGAGCAGUUUAAUGAAUGUCAUUGUGCAACGUGAUAUUUCUAUCGUGACUAACAUUGAAGGCACAACAAGAGACAUAGUUGAAUCGCAUUAUGAUAUCGGUGGAUAUCCAGUCGUAAUAGCAGACACUGCUGGACUGCGUGAGUCAAAAGAUAUCGUUGAGUCUGAAGGAAUUUUACGAGCAAAAAAGUACGCCAGCAACGCUGAUUUCAUUCUUAUUCUAAUUGAUGGAGAGAAAAUGGAAAAGUUACUUAAAGACUUUGAAAAAGAAAAUGUUGAAAAAUAUAUUAAAGAAUACAAAAAUCGACUUGGAUUGGAUGAUGGCUUUAGAGAAUGUAAACAAAUGUUAACAAUAAUUAAUAAAAUUGAUCUCGUUAGUUGUCGUAAUAAGGAAAUUCUUAAAUCUUGCAAUUUCCUUGGAAUUUCAUGUACAAAAGCAAUCAACAUUCAAGAAGCAUUAGAAGAAAUUAAAGAAAAUCUACAAAAUCUCUGUGGAAAUCCAACGUCGGAAUCACCGCUACUCAGUCAAGCACGUCAUCGACACUAUCUUCAAAAUUGUUUGAAAAGUAUUCAAGAUUUCUUGAGUAACUUUGACCAAUCGAACGAACAAGACUUUGCAAUUCUUGUACAAAGUUUGAGAAAUGCUGUAAGAUGCAUUGGACAUUUAACCGGAGAAGUAAGAACAGACGACAUUCUUGACGUAAUUUUUAAAGAUUUUUGUAUUGGAAAGUAGAAACUUUUAAAUGAAGUCAUUAGUCGAGAAGUGAUUAAAGAUAAUUGGAAAAUAACUUGCUGAAGUUUUUUUUACCCAUUUUUAAAGCUGAAGACAGCAAAUUAUGAGUUGUGAAUCGACAUGAAAAGCGAUAAAUAAUUUUUAACUUUAAGCUUGAUUUUAAUUAGUGGUCUUAAACGCAACGAAAUUGCAUAAUAAAUUAUCGUGCGCUCUUCCUUUAA